AUGCCUCUUGGUGCUAAGCACAUUGGGGCCAAGAUACACAACAUCGAGAUGAGGCCGGGUCAAGGUGGCAAGUUGGUUCGAGCCCCAAGAACUCAUCCAACCAUUUUGAAAGAACCCUCAUCAGCGGGAUGUUUGGUGAAGCUGCCUUCCCAUGUUCAGAAGUGGAUAGAUUCUAAGUGCCGGGCCACAAUCGGGUCGGUUUCCAAGUGGGCCAAAUUCAGGAAAUCAGCACAAGAAGCUCUACAAGGCCGGGCAAAGCCAGUGGUUGGGCCGCCGGCCCAAGGUUCGGGGAGUGCAAUGAACCCUAUUGAUCAUCCACAUGGUGGUGGGUAA